UCUCUUUCGCUUUCCUCUCUUUUAUUGAUUCCCAUAGGCUAAUUUAAUUUAUUAUUAUUCAAUUCAAGUUCCAUAAUUUUCUCUCUCCUAAAUUAUUUUUCCAUUUUUAUUUAAUUUUCCCAUCUCUAUAUAACUCAUCUACCCCCAACUUUAUCACCCUUCUUUCUUUCUCGCCUACUCCUUUUUGGCCUCAUUUUCAUGUCUUCUUUUCUCUCCAUUUUUGCUCCCAACUACCUUCUACUUUCCUACUAAUUUCCAUCUCCAGGCGUUACAAUUUUUGAUAAUUUUAGUGUUUCGCGAAUUGUGUAAAUACAGCGUAAAUACAUAGAAUUAAUCAAGAGAUUAGAAAAUAGAGGAGAGAGAAAAUUGGAAGAUCUAUUGCUAUUGAUCUUCGAAGGAUGAAUUUUUGUGGGAUCCAGCAAAACGGCGUCGCAUCUCGUGAAGAGAUGAUGAGUUUUGUGUCGAUUUCUGGUGGUCGGAAUACUGAUCGGAAAGACUCCGUGGUUUGCCCUAAACCUCGCCGUGUCGGCGCCCUUAACACCACCGUCAACGACCCUUCUAGACCUCCUCUUCGUUGGCACUUUGGGCAUUCAGAGCUCACUGAUUCCAGGGCCGGGUCUGAGCUGUUAGACAUAAUCCUUAGUAAGGGUGUUCAUGGUGCCGAGAGGCCAAGCACACCGGCAGCAUCGUCGCCCCCGUUUUUCAGUGGUUCGCCACCAAGUAGAGUCUCUAACCCAUUAAUUCAGGACGCUCGAUUCCGGGAGGAAAAACAGUUAAUUCCUCCAUUUUCACCAGUUCCAUCAUCGCCGAUACAGGCUACUGCAUCAGGGUCUGCAUCCUCACUAAACUCUUCCACAAGGAAAGGGGGAUGUGUGAGGGCGAAUUUUGGUAACAACCCGGCAGUUAGAGUUGAGGGGUUCGAUUGCCUCGACAGGGACCGCAGGAACUGCAGUAUCCCUGCCUUGGCUUAGGAACGAACCCCAUCGACAUCCAAACUCAAACCAAGUACAUAUAGUGAUCAUCAAAACAGAAAAGCCUUAAAGGCAAAUAUAACAUUUUAGCGAGGGAUAAAAAAAAUUACAAUAGCAGCAGCAUGAGAAGAAUUUUGGUAAAUUUCUCAGAGCAAAAGAAAGAGAUAUGGAAGAGUUGUUUAUUUUGCAGUGUAAAUAUGCAGUUGUUUAAAAGAGGGUUCCUUUUUUUGUAAGUACAAGGUACAACCAAAAAAAAAAAAAAAAAUCCCAUGUAAUUAGUUUUGACUAAAAUAAAAAGUGUGGGAAUUUAGAGUCUAGUUAUUUUUUUAGUUGUUGGAGUCUAAUGUGAAUAUGAGGGAGGGGAAAUUAUUUCUGGUACUUGUAUUUUGUAUAAAAUGCGGCUGAAUUUCUGUGGGAAGAAGAAGUUGUAUAAAAAAGCUGCAUUUGGUAUUAAAAGUCUGGUCUGUAGAAGUGAUAGGUUAAUGUAUAUAUGAAGAUGAAGCCCAUUUUCAGGGUUUCUGGUUUUUAAAGUGUU